AUGUAUGGAAUCCCACCUGUCGACCACAUCCUGCCACAGAACGGCAUGGGUCUGUAUGGAAUGGAUCUCUUCGGGUUUGACCCUCUUGCAGCACCGGGUCUUCCAGGACACGCCGGCGGCCCCGGCUAUAUGCAGGCUCAGGUCCCGUCAGCGAUGAAAAUAAUGAUGGGUCAGAUGAUGCAGUCCGUGACUCACCUGACAGGCAUCGUCGCGCAGAGCAACACGCAGAUCGCGAAACUUACCGCACAGGUCUCCGCGCAGGCAGCUGAUGGGGAGGGCGUACAGGUGGAAGGGACGGCAUUACAGGGAGCGUGCGCGCACGGCAGUCACAGUGGAGCCUACGCAGCGCGUGGGCGGCGGCCUGCAGGUCGAGGGGGUCGCGCGGCUGUUGUGGUCGAGGUGGACGUCUCGAUGGCCAAAAUGGAGCUCAAGCUGCUGAGCAAGACACAACGCGCCGCGCGCGCCGCCAUCAGUCUUACGGGCAUCUCCCGUGGCAGCGCAUGGCCGGCCUAUAACCCCGCAGAGGCCCGCAAAAACCCCGACACUGAGGAGCCGUACUUUGACGUACAUUUCACCUCUCGCACGGGUGUAAAUGACCCCGUCAAUGUGAAGCUUCUUCAGCAGGUCGCGGAAAUUGUGGAGGAAGAUGUCAACAUGCUCGUGUACGAGAUUGCCAAGGAGACCUGGGCGAACUUCAAAAGGAAGUACAAUGCGCAGCAUGACGAAGAGAAGAAGCUCGCCCAGGAGAUCAACAACAUGAAUAGCCGUUGGCAACUGCGUCGGAAGCAGAUGUCUGAUGAGGCGAGCGGUCCGGAUCGUGCAUCCGGUGAGAGCAAGCCUGACUGGCGUGCACGCAUGGCUGGUCUUCUUGGGAUGAUGGAUGUGACGCCGGAGUUCAUCAAGACCUUGCCCGUGUUUGAGGUGAUCAGAUCGAACUGGCAAUCAGAUGAGUAUCGGGAGAUGUCCAAGGAGUUGCGUGAAAUGUAUGCGGAGUCACUCACAGCGAAGCAAGCACAGACCUCCAAGUUCCGUGUCCGUAACUUGGGCCGUUCGUCUGACACCCCGCCCGCUGUUGCGCCCUACAACUUUGGCAUCAACAUGGAAUGGCUCGACGCACACAAGGAUAUGGACACUUACCACGCACUUCUCCACGACUGGGGCACAUACGAAGAUCCGGUCGGGUUCGGCUCUUCGUCCGGCGGUGCUAACGGUGACGAUGGCGAACAACCGGAUCGAAACGGAGCACAGCUACCUGGGAACGGUCUGGGGGACGAAGACGAGGACGAGGAGGACUAA